AAAGUCUAGCCUAUAAUAAGUCAUAUCCACUCGAGAAGAGAACUAUGAUAUAUCGAGCGGUUAAGUUCCCUUGCCAGAAAAGUGAGCCGAUCGAGAGGCUUUCCACGCCACAACAAAAGCGAAAGUACUAGGCAUUUUAGAGGCAGCCAAGAAUGAACAGAGAGGCAGCAUUUUGACAGAAAGGCCACCGAUAUGCAUCUACACCGUGAAUUUGUGGCCGUACCGAAAGACCACCGUAACGCGCAAUCUCGCUAACUGUAGAUGAUCGAUCGAUAUUUGACACUAGUUUGUAUUAUGUGAAAAAGACGUAAAUACAAAUCUCAGUUAUCCAGGAUGGCGGAAUCGUGUAUAAGCAUCCUUAAGCUGCUUAUUAUGAUGAAAAGGAAGGAGAUACAAAGAGGAAUAGAUCAGAUCGAACAUGCUCCUCAACUGACAGAAAAGCUUAAGGAAAUGCAGAAAGACAUACACAGACUCAAAAAAGAAAACGAAGAACUGCAGCAAAACAGAAAAAGUACUGAACGGGUUAAUUAUAGUCACGCGUUUAACGAGAAAAAACUGAAGAAAAUCGAAAAGGAGCUUGCGAAUACGAAACAAGAAUUGGAUGACGCAAACAAUAGACUGAGUCAACUUAUGGGGAGAAAAUUGACAGACAACAAUCCGGCUAUCGCCGAUCUGAACGACGUCAACAGACCUCAGAAUCUUGGUCAGCGAUAUUCAGAAUUGUACGACAAUCAAUGGACCGAUGCCUUCGGUUCUUUACAGAAGGAUCCUUCUUUUGAAGACGAGAGACAAAUUUUUGACAUGCUUCUAAACGUUCUUGUGAAAGCCAUGGACUUUUGUAAAAGAAAUGCUGAGUUUCACAAACGUCAUAUUACAAAUACGCUUCUAAUGCGAGACGAUGAGGUAUGUCAAUUGACAUCAACGCAAUCAAAAUUAAUUAAAGACGUUAUGAAAGUAACAGCUCCUGAAUCAGGCAUGCGUCUUUUCGAGAAAUAUCGGUCUGAGCUAGGCAGUGAAAAUGCCAGGUAUGCAAGAUAUGCGCUAUUAAUCACCCCAUACCUGCAAGAAUGUUUCUCCAUCUGCUGGCUGAUGUGUGUACAAGAUCCACCAGUCGUGUUUGGGUCACUUCCCAAACAUGGUGCAGCAUUCGACAAGAACGCUUACAAGGAGUUCACACAGAGUGGUACCAACAUUGACUUCGUGGUCUGGCCUGCGAUGUUCUUAUUUCAAGGUGGUAAUGUUCUUUGCAAGGGUGUUGCUCAGGGCAAGAAAACAUACACACCAGGCAACUCAAGUUCAAAGUCUGCUUGGUCAUCGUCGCCUGAAGAUCUGAAGUAUGAUUCGUAUGCUAGGAAACACGAGGACAAAAUACGCAGUCGAGACACAAGAUCUGCUGGAACGUCGAAAACACCAGCUUAUGGUUCUCAUACUACUAAAGGUGAAGAUAAUAUUCGAAGUCGAAACACACCUGAUUUUCAGAGCACUACAAUGCACUCCAGCAGGUCAUACGAUUGGCGUAAUAGGUACAGCGAUGCUCGUAUACCACAAUACAUAUUAGACAACUUUGAAAUGUGGUCCCGAAUAUAUCCAGCAAAUGAUCGCAAAUUGAUGGAGGCGAUGGGGAGAGAUAAUUAUUUCCGCUGUGUUGAAUAUUUCAAACAAAAAGGAUACUUUUAAAAACUUGAACAAAAUGUAUGCGUAACUGUGAUGAAUAAACCCACAACAAAGUAUGUAAAGAAGAACAACACAAAGCAGGUUAACCAUCAUGUUUUAGUAUGUGUUUUAUGACACAGUGUAUGCACUUUAUGAACAUGUGUUUCUGUGUCUUAGAUUACCAGUCGGUUUUAGAUAUGCUUGUUUUUGACAUUCAAUGUCUUCAUCAUUUGAUAGUGUUUUAUUGUUUUUUUUUAACAAAACUAUCUUCAUGUUUGUAAUUUAUUAUGUUCUUUCAAUCGAAGGGCUUUUUUGCCAAAGGAUCGCUGAUUAACAAGACAGCAACUAAUUACUUUUAGAAAAAAAUUAAAUAGCAUCUUUAUUA